UGAAGUUUCCACAAGAAAUAUCAAGAUGGACCUAAUUAAACUCUUGUCCAGUUUGGAACCUUAUGGAAAUGUUAAGGUGCGACUUUGCAGUUAUAUAGAAGAAUCAAAAGUGGUUGCUUCCCCACAGGUAUUAUAUGAUUACGGUAUAAUUAUAACAUUUGAUCCAUUGCCAUUUGAUUAUAAUGGUCAUUACCAUGGCCAUCAAGCUGGCAAGACUGAGGUUUCAAUAUCAGUGCCCCCAAACUCUAGUCGAAAGUUUAGUUGCUUCUUAAAUUCGAUUAUCAUUUUUUCUGCCAAGGAUGAUAAAACAUAUGAAUUUUUACCAUGCCUUGAAAUUGUGAACGAGUCCAAAGGUAUAAAGUGGACCUACUCCAAACAUUUCAUGGGAAUUCCUGAAACUAGGAAUACCUUAUACUGGACGACUUGUUGGAACUUUAGGGGUGAUGAAUUAGAAGCUGGUGAUCAUAUUAGUCUUCGGGUUCUUUCAGAUUUAUCUGUGCUAGAAUUUGGUAUUGACCUUAUAUAUGAUUAUGAGCUAGACGGUAACCCAAAUGUUUUCAGUCAGUUGCCAUGGAUGAGUAAAUGUUGUAAGUUUCUUUUCGUGGUUUUUGCUUAUAUUUUGUCGAAAACCCAAAAAAACUUGUAUAGGUUGCAAAGCUUAGCCAAAUGUUGAUUAUUGUAUAUGAUUAUCAAUUGCAUGGUCACUUUAUAUAUUUAAUAGAUAAAAGUUUCUAGGUGUAUCA